AUAGUAACGCCACAGAUGCGCUCAUCAGCUGAGGCGUGAGGACUACACGAUUCGCCGAUACUACAGCCGCCUUCACGCUAAAAUGCGACUCAGCACAUUAUAAAGCAUAAGCGCUUUGCAUGAUGGAUAUUUAUGCUACUGGUGGAUGGAUUAAAACGGGAACCUUAACCUAAACAAAUUUAAUGGGGAAAAUUAGAAGAGCCUCAUUAAGAUGACACGCACAGAUCCACCUGAUAUACUAGUAUCAACAGUGUAUCAAGAUGUUAAAGUGAACUCCCUCUCGAACCACUCCAAAGCCUUUCAUCCCUCAAAACAAUGUGAUUCCCCAUCCAUCAGCAAACUGGAGAACACUCGAAAAAGCAAAAGCAAAAAGAGGCACUGCCGUAACUUUGACACAGAGUCUAUGGACAAACUCAGAUAUCAUACCAUAGCAAUGGAGUACCCAUACCGAAGGGCUGAAAGGUAUGCGGCCAAUCCAGAGGUUGCCUGGAAUGCCUUAGGUCGCCAACAAGGGCAUGGACUCCACCGGUUUUCUUCCCCAGACAUAUUAAGCCACCGUCUCACCUCCCAGCCAAUGACUGCUGAGAUGUCUGCUGAAAUUGCUGUGACAGAACAAAAGAGGAGGACUAGAUCUAGAAGUGCCUCACGGGUUCAGACCAGCCUAACUCCUGUAUCUUUUGAUGCUUCCCCUCCAGUGGCAAGGAGGGGCCGGGAAGCUCAAAGGACGCAUCGAAACACUCAGCCAAGGCCGGAUGUUUCCCCAAGAAAAGAGUCUUCCUAUGCUGCCACGCGGGCACACGUGAAUGAAGUACAUCCCAUCAAACUACAGCCGCAGAGGAGUGAUACAAGCAGGUAUUCCCCUGUAUAUGUAUCUGAAGGCUUUGACGAAGGAAAACCGGAGAAACCUGCUACUAGUCCUCAUGUUCGGUGCCGGGUGGACAUCAAACCAGAUGAGUCGGCUGUGCAGCAAGGAGGCCGAAAGGCAGCUAUACCUCAUGUGGACAUACCAUGGCAGAAGUAUCCCAGCAGUGGCAGUCGGAGUCUGACAGUGCCUCGCCAUUUCUCCACUUCGAGGACACCAACUCCCACUGACUCCUUCACUGGAGAGUCCAGGCAGGCGUACCAGUAUUCGCAAAGUAUGCCAAAUAGCUACAUACAGCCUAUGGAGAUCCCUUUACAAAAGGUGGUCUCACCACGGGAGCCAAGGGAACAAUAUGGACGGGAACGAAGGGCUCAUUCAAGCCCCAAUGUGCCAACUAAAUUCUUCUAUGCGGAGGAUUUGGGGAAGUAUGGAUCUUCAGCUCCAUCAAGGACUUAUUAUCAAGAUGACCGAUACAGCAUUCCUAGCCAACCCUAUUCACCUAAAGUAACGUAUGUACAAGAUCCAAGGACUCACAUUGUUCAUACUGUACCUUCCCGGCCAUAUUUCACAGAAAUCGACACCUACCAUUACCCUGGACAGCCUGUGUACCCUAAAACCUAUGCAGCAAGUGAGCCAGGGGCGUAUAUAAUACAAACACCUCCAGCAAGGACUUUCUAUGGUGAUGACCCAAGGACAUAUCAAAUUCAAACGGCCCCCCCUCGGAUCUUCUACAUGGCCAACCCCUACACGCCACCAAUGGAGCAUCAUAUUCCCACAAGGGCAUAUUACACAGAGGGAAGACGGCAUGCCCGUGUGGUGCAACCUCAGUCAGAGGACUGGUACGGCUCAGAAGUGUCCAGCUACUCAAGCCAUUACCCUUCCUCGUAUGUAUCACAGGUUACUCCCACAAGAGUUAGACAAGAGCCAAAGCUCACAACUUGGUAUGCCAACCCAUGCAUGGAGCCUGCAAGAACAGUAACAGACCCAAGACCGUACUCAAGAUCAUGGGAUAACAUCCUUGACACCCAUGUAGAGCGAGAACAGCCAGUACCCCGAGGGAAAAGUGAUGAGAAUCUUCUUUGUCAGGGGGUACCACAAACUUCAAGUGAAAGACCAAAACCUGUGGUUGUCAACCUUUCCAGCUCACCAAGGCGUUAUGCUGCACUGUCUUUAUCUGAAAACUCUUUGAUUGACAAAAGUCCAACUGAGGCCAGGAGCUCUUCGAGUAAACUGUGGUUUGUCACACCUGAGAUUACCAUCACAGAUAAUGAUAUCAGAUCAAGCAAUCUUAGUAAACCAGAAGCACGCUCUGCAAGUUGGGAUGUGUUGGAUUCAAAAAGUGCCCCAAAUCAAGAAACCCCUCAACGUGAAACAAAAUGCUGCUUUGGAGAAUCUACCAAAGAGAAAACGCACAGCAGCACAUCCCUACAGCAAAGUUUAGAGCAGCUUGAUGAGCUUCUAGCUGACCUUGUCAUCGAUUACAAACCUCCACGUAGGAGGACCAGUGAAGACAUGCUUGAUCAACUCAAAAAGCUCAUUGAUGAUGAAGAAGCAGUAUCUUCAGCGAGAAAGGAUUCGAUGGCAGGAUCUGAAAGUGGCAUGCCACUUGACAAACAACCCACUUCAAUAAAAAUAGAUCCUGACACACUAAGAGACACCGAUGGGAGUUGUGACGGCCUGAGAAGUACAGAAGAGUGCUCCCCUGACAAGAGUCCCGAUGAGGACGACACAAUGAUGUGUUCAAACAAUAAAUGCCGUCGGACUGAGACCUUGUUUAACGCCUGCCUCUACUUUAAGUCCUGUCACAGCUGCUAUACCUACUACUGCUCUCGCAACUGUCGCCGUGAAGACUGGGAUGUCCACAAGGAGAGCUGCCUCUAUGGGCGAAUCAGUAGCGUGUGUCGCCACAUUAUUAAGCACUGUCGAGAAACCACAGAAGUCCAUAAAGCUUUCUCCCGUAUAGCCAAAGUGGGAUACCUGUCUCGAGGCAGAGGAGUCUUGUUUUUGGGAUUCCCAAAUCCAGGUUCGUCCACAAAUUUCCUUCAGUUUGGACUAGAAAGUCUACUCAUGUCGCCAACAUACUUAUCUCUCCGUGAGCUGGAGAGCUUCAAGGAUAACCUUGGGGAAUAUUGCAAGGAGCUCCAAGAGGCAGGAAAUGCAUAUGACCCUAAUGAAUGUUUUCUCUUGAAUGUAUCCAUCGCUGUUGGUGAACAAGUUCCUGACGGACCAUCGCCAAGGGUCCAAGCCCCAACCGUCAGGAAGUUUGCCAAGGUUGCUCUGGCCUCCUACAGCCCAGAAAAAAAGGUCCAUCGGAAGGAAAGCGACAUGGAGACGUUGAUCCUGACCCCACCGCCAGGUAUGGCAGACAUUGACAAGGAAGGUGAGGAGGGAAGGAAAGCCCGGGAAAUCUGCUUCAUCAACAUUCAGCGGGAGUUGAGGAUACGUGGGGUGUUUCUUCGCCAUGAGUAUCCCAAUGUCUACCAAAAGCUCUGUGAGUUUGUUGAGAAUAACAGGAGGUUCACGCCAACUACUAUUUACCCUAUUGAUAAAAGGACGGGCAAGCAGUUCAUGUGCAUGAUAAUGGCAGCCUCUGAGCCACGAACUUUGGACUGGGUAGCCAACCCACAUCUCCUAGAUGACAUUAUUUAAACAAGUGCACCUUUUAUAUAUUAAAGCAUAGAUCUCACUAUAGUACAUAUCUAAAUACAUCAAGCUUAUUUGUUAUAAAUGUUUGUAGAUAUGUAUUUUGGUACUGAAAAAAAAACUGUGUUCAUGUCUGCAAGGUCAGUAUUAUACAAUGUUGGAAUAUUGCCCAUCAGGUGUUGAAUAUGAGUAAUUCACGCUGUUUAUUCAUCGAUUUGAUAUCUAGUCCCAGGAUUUGUUCAUUUAUGCUUCACUGGCAAUUACCGCCAUUAUUUUCUUUGUAGCAAUUCUCUUUUUAUAUUAUUUUAUUGUCCAUGAAGAUAGAGAGAAAAAACAAUCCUUAUUUAUUUUGAAAACUACAGAAUUAUGUACCUAUUUACAUCAGAGCUGAAUAUUUUUUCCUAUGCAAAAAACAACAACAAAACAUUACCAACAUGUUGAAAAUGUUAUGGCUAAAGAAAUAUAAAACUGUUUUUCUUUUUAUCACUCAAAAUAAUAUGUAUUUUAUUGAUAUAUUAAAUACAGGCAUUAUGUUAUAUUAUAUAAUAUUGUAUUAUUAUAUAGUUAAAGAAAGAA